GCUACUUCCCCGCUUCAGCGGUUUCAAAGCAUAGAUUUCCUUCGUCGUUUAUGGCCAGCGUUCGAGAUGCCGACCCCGCGUCUCCACUGUUUCGAGUUCUUUCUCUGUCGCUGCGCCGGCCGCGCCGCCCUCCCCUGACUAAGGACCCCGUCUCGUUCCCGUGACUCAAAAGGAAAGACAAAAGCAGUUACACCAGUUGCGUGAGGACAAGUCUUCGAGUUAGCGCCGGAAAAAGAUGAAAGGGAAGGGGUUCCUGCCCCGCGGCAGCAUCUUCAUUUUUCUUUCCUCGGUCUUCUGCGUCGGCAUGUGCACAUUUGUGCUUCACGCGAAGGAGAAGCAGACUCAAAGACGGUACGAAGGUGUCCUGAGAGACGUCGAAAGGCAAAGACAUAAACUGCAGACACGCAGAGAAGAGGCCGUUGCAUCCCAGUCGAGUUCGGGCGCAAGCAGCGGUGCCGUCACCGUCUGAAG